ACUGGGGAGCGCGCCCGCCUCAUCAUUAUCCUUGUCCUCCAGCUUAUCCUUCGCGUCCGCCGCAACCGGCAACAGCGCUGCCGCCGCGUCCUCUGCCGCCGCCCGCUCUUCCCACGGAUGUGAUCUUCGUGGUGGGAAGCUAAGUUUUUAAACUACCCCAAUGGAUGCAGACAGUGAUGUUGCACUGGACAUUCUAAUUACAAAUGUAGUCUGUGUUUUUAGAACAAGAUGCCAUUUGAACUUAAGGAAGAUUGCUUUGGAGGGAGCAAAUGUAAUUUAUAAGCGUGACGUUGGAAAAGUAUUAAUGAAGCUUAGAAAGCCUAGAAUUACAGCUACGAUUUGGUCCUCAGGAAAAAUUAUUUGCACUGGAGCAACAAGUGAAGAAGAAGCUAAAUUUGGUGCCAGACGUUUAGCCCGCAGUCUCCAGAAGCUAGGAUUUCAGGUAAUUUUUACAGAUUUUAAGGUUGUUAAUGUUUUGGCAGUAUGUAACAUGCCAUUUGAAAUACGUUUGCCAGAAUUCACAAAGAAUAAUAGACCUCAUGCCAGUUACGAACCUGAACUUCAUCCUGCUGUGUGUUAUCGGAUAAAAUCUCUAAGAGCUACAUUACAGAUUUUUUCAACAGGAAGUAUCACAGUAACAGGGCCCAAUGUAAAGGCCGUCGCUACUGCUGUGGAACAGGUAUACCCAUUUGUGUUUGAAAGCAGGAAAGAAAUUUUAUAAGUCAUCACAUAAUUGGUUAGAAUCCCAAACUGAGUACCUUUUAAAACCUGCUGCACAUUGGACUCAAAAGGAAAACUGGACCAACAGUAAUUGAGGAAAUAGACUCUUUUAUUCAUUCACGGCUACAGUGUAAGCUCCAGUCCCUUUGGAUUUUAUUUCAAACCUUGCUGUAAUAUAAAAAGGAAGUUUACAAGACAUGACAUUGCUGCUUUUACAAAAGGACAUUCUAUUUAUUUUCGCAGUAAUUUCAUGUCCCCAAGAGCAGAGCUGUCACAGUGUGCACUACCUUAAAGUGUUUUGUUGUUAUCAUUAUUUUUUUUCCAGUUUGAGCUGAUGUGUUUUAUUUGUGAAUAGUCUUUUACAUUUUUGUAUGCUGAAUAUGGGCACCAAAGAACCUGUAAAAGUUAUCUUUUUCAAUUGAAUGUGCACAAAUAAAAGUUUGUAAAAGA